CCUUCCGACUGACGCACACCCGGAAGUAGUUCUCCACGAUAUAGCGGAUGUAGUUGUAAAGUUCCGGUCUCUGUCGUAUCGGCCGCUGGGGAAGAUGACGAAGGGAACAUCGUCAUUCGGUAAACGCCGGAACAAGACGCACACCCUGUGCCGUCGCUGUGGAUCUAAGGCAUACCAUCUGCAGAAGUCCACCUGUGGAAAGUGUGGUUACCCAGCUAAGCGCAAGAGAAAGUAUAACUGGAGCGCUAAGGCCAAGAGACGCAACACCACUGGCACCGGUCGUAUGAGGCAUCUCAAGGUUGUCUACCGUCGGUUCAGAAAUGGGUUCCGUGAGGGCACAACACCAAAACCCAAAAGAGCUGCAGUUGCUGCUUCCAGCUCAUCUUAAGAUCUGAUGUUUGUUAAAAUAAAUGUGGUUAAAAAUCAA